AUGGCAUACAUACCAUCGUUCCAGGAGAGGCAGCUAGAGACGACUGAAUACUCGUACGUGGAGAGUGCCAUAUUCGUGAGCUUCUACUCAAGCCCUGUGCUCUGCCGAUUCAAAGCAGGUGAUGUCAUUCGAGAGCUUACCCCCGCAGCUGGCUCACUGUGUGGUUGGGAUCCUAGAACUGGUGACUUCAAUACCGAGAUUAAUGCUCAGAUAGCCCAAGCAUUCUCCAAUGUGGAUCUUUGCCUCAAAGAUGCUGGUGGACAAGGCUGGUCCCAGGUCUUCAGAAUCAACUCAUACCAUGUACCCGUGAACAAUGAAGCGAUCAACGCGAUGACUCGCGAGAUGAAGAAGUGGAUGCCAGAUCAUCAGCCGCUAUGGACUUGUGUCGGAGUUCAGAGGUUGGGUGAAGAUGAUAUGCGUGUUGAAAUCGAAGUGGUAGCUCAUGAUCCGGAAGGUGCGGGUAAGAAUCCAUGA